AUGAGCAGUCUAACAGGAAAGUCAAAAUCUGAAAUGACCGAAGAAGAGCUUAAGCAGCUUGAGGAGCUUGAGUUCAAUACUGGCCCUUUAUCAGUAUUACAACAGUCAGUUAAGAAUAAUACACAAAUCUUGAUUAAUUGCCGGAACAAUAGAAAAUUACUUGCGCGUGUUAAGGCUUUUGAUAGACACUGUAACAUGGUUUUGGAGAAUGUUAAAGAGAUGUGGACGGAAACACCAAAAACUAAUAAAG